AUGACUCUAUCCUCUUUUAAGCCAGUCGCGAGAAGGCUAUAUGAAGUCAUCGACACAAAUACCAUCUUAGUCUCGUCUUCAUCAAUUAACGAGAAAAAGCCGCGUCUUGUUAAGGAACGCAAAUACAAGAAAAAAAGAUGGGACCCCGCCUUAAAAGCUCAAGCAGUCAAACUUGCGGAAGAACUUGGAUUAACCCAUGCAACAAAUCAUCUCCAAAAGAAACUCCCCGACUUGUACUCAGACUUGUGCCCAAGCACACUACAAUAUUGGGUUCAACAGGCUAACUCCAUGAAAAAGACUUCUGUACAUGCGUAA